AACCAGUUUUGGCUCAAACCCUUUUAGAACAACUAAGAAUGGGGGUCUUCAUGUUGGGUUCGCCGGCUUCCUUUGUUUCUGUAGGAGGUUUCAGUUACAGGACUGUAAAGUUUCAGUCUUUCCCUGUGAAAGAGAGAUAUAGUGCUGCUUUGCAGUUGGGCAACAAGUUCAAGGAUGACACCCAAGGAAAAGUUUCCUUGUGCCGGCGUGAAUCAAUCGAAUUUGAAGAGAGAAAAAGCCCCAAUGAGGUCAGGAAAGAGAUAGAAAGAUGCUAUGAACUCAUACACAGGCUUGGCAGGGGAGUUGUGUAUUUGGGUUCAUCGAGGAUGGGUCCUGACCAUCCACAUUAUGCGCAAGCACUGGAGCUUGGUAGAGAGGUGGCUAGCCUUUUGGACUGUACCACAUGGACAGGAGCUGGUCCCGGGCUCAUGGAUGCAGCUAUUAAAGGUGCUCUAGAAGCAGGAAAACCAGUAGGUGGGUUCAAGGUUAGAAAAGAAGCUGGAGAAUGGACUGCCUCAAAUUUCCAUCCAUACCUGCCUUCAGAAACUUAUCUUACAUGCAGGUUUUUCUCUGCUAGAAAACAUGGCUUAGUUGAUGCUGCAGUUAGGAGUUGCAAUACUGACAGGACUGCUGUAGUUGCUUUCCCUGGUGGUGUUGGCACCCUAGAUGAAAUGUUUGAGAUAAUGGCAUUAAUUCAACUCCAAAGAAUUGGGUCAGAGCUUCCAGUUCCGUUCAUUGUGAUGAACUACAAUUCAUUUUACAAGAAGCUUUUUGACUUUCUUGAUGACUGUGAGCAUUGGGGGACUGUCUCCAAGGGAGAGGUUUCAUCACUGUGGAGGAUCUGUGACACUAACUCAGAGGCUAUAGCCUAUUUGGCAGAUUUCUACGAUUUGCAUUCUCCUGACAAAGCUGACUUGAGAAGUGUACAUCCCUAACAAGAAUUGGGAUUGACAGGGGGCCAAUUUUCAUAAUUGAGUAAAAACUGUUGUACACUACAGUUGAUUUUCUUUUCCCCCUUUUUGAACAUCAGCUGAAACACUACAGUUGAUAAUAUUGAGUUUUAAGACCAGAUUUUGGUCUUAAUCCUGGCAAAGGAUGUACUUUUGACAUCUCAAGAAUUUGAGUUGUUUAUGAAAACUAUUAUAUUUGGAGGGGCGCAAACAGUGUUCUGAUGAAGGGUCUGAUUCUGCAUCAUGAUCACGACUUUUAAAUCACAGGUAGCUCUCUUUGAUCAAACAUGGUGCUCCUACCUGAAUUGCUAUGUUGUCUGGAAGGUUAAAGAUGCUGAACAUUGGAGGAGGUUUUGGUAAGAGCAGCUUGCCAACUUCACCUCUCUAUGAUUCAAAAUACAUGCGGGCUCACUCCAGAAGGAGAUAAUUCUGAACUUAGUCAUGACAUGAGGGUUAUUGAGGGACCAGUCUUUCCCUAGCUCUUUUUGUUGAUUGAACUUUCAUGAUACUACUACUUUCUUUUAAGUAGCUAAAAUCAAUGUAUCUGCUUCUUGCUGCAAAUGUUUUUGCCUCUAUUGGUGAAUCAGUUUGGCGUAGGGUUAUUGAGUUUUUAUAUUUCCAAAUGAAAUGAAAAGCUUUAA